AUGAAACGGUCACCAGCUAUCCUCGCUGCAUACUUGCCGUUAGCACUAGGCAAGAUUGUUUGCUUUCCUGUUCAAAGCACAAGCGGAUUAGUUCAUGGCCAUCCGGGGUCUCUGAGACCUGAAGUCUCAGUAUAUCUUGGCAUACGGUACGCGACUCCACCGACGGGAGACCUUCGAUUUGCUGCCCCAGUCGAAUAUAGCUCUAAUGACACGAUUCCUGGGAACUCUUAUGUCGGGACCGUGGGUACAGAAUAUCCAUCACCCACUAAGAUACAAACUGAGCAAAAUAGAACAUGCCCCGGCGCCGAUGUGUUUAUGCCACCCUAUCCGGAUGCAACCCCACAGUUCCAAACAAUUAUGAAAGCGUUUCUCGUGCCACUCGGACCUAAGAGCGAAGAUUGUUUAUAUCUGAACGUCUGGACAAAGCCCGAGCCUCCUAAGUUGAAGCCCGUCUUGCUUUGGAUACACGGCGGUCGGUUCGAGGUUAGCGGCGCACAUGGCCCAUACUACGACGGAGAAAGCUUGGCCGCCGAUCAUGAUGUUGUAGUAGUGACAAUCAACUAUCGGCUGAAUAUAUUUGGAUUCUCAGGAGCCCCUGGUCUUCCACAAAAUGUUGGCUUGCUUGACCAGCGCAUGGCAGUGGAAUGGGUGCACCAAAACAUCAAAGCCUUCGGCGGAGAUCCAGACCGAAUCACCAUCUUUGGCUCGUCUGCCGGCGGCGCUUCUGUGGAUCUUUAUGCUUACGCGUGGGCCGAUGAUCCGAUCAUCAGUGGCAUCAUCGCGCACUCGGGGACGGCCCUUAGCUUCCAGCCAAAUACACCUGAUCUGUCAUUGGAAGCAUUUUACAAUGCUUCUUCCUUCCUUGGCUGCGAACACGAAGAGGAUCCGGGGAAGGUCGUGGCCUGUGUUCGCGAAAAGCCGUUUGAGGAUGUACUCAAUGCUUCGUUCAGGGUUCCAGAUCGCCCGUCUCUGGCCACCUCGGAGCCAGUAUUCCAUCCGGUUAUAGAUGGGGUCACGGUGUUUUCCAAGUACCUCAAAAGGUCUGCCCUAGGGAAGUUCGCUGCUAUCCCGUUCUUGGUAACCUGCAAUAAUCAUGAAACAGGGAUUUAUAGAGUUACCUCUUACGCCGAAAACGUUACUCUCAGCGAUCAUGCUUGGAACGAAUUUCAAAAGGCUGCUUUUGACUGUCCUAGCGGACGAGCUGCAAGGGACCGCACUGCGCAUGGCAUCCCAGCAUGGCAGUCCCGCUAUUUCGGCGACUGGGAUAACUUGCGACUAUAUCCUACGAGCGGAGCCUAUCAUGCUAGCGACCUUGGCAUGGUAUUUGGCACUGCAGCGGGGAUCAGUGGGAUCCCGAAUAGUGCACAGGAAAAUAAGGUUUCGUCUUAUAUGGCGUCUGCGUGGGCGGCCUUUGCCCAUGAUCCGAAGGAAGGGUUGACGAACUUUGGCUGGCCUCAAUAUGGGUCCACAGAGAAAUGCUUGGUUGGACUAGCUUACGAAAAUGAAAUUCACCCUCGGUUCUUUGAUCCGGCCGAGUUUGAACAUGGGUGUGCCGCAUUGCAUGGAGAUACGAGUCUUGGAACAGGCGCGAUAUAA